UCUGAAUUUUUGAUUUUUUGUACAUGGUGCAUUACUUAAACUUGUGACUACUAUGCAGGUAAGGUUUCUCUUGUCUAGAGGAGAUCCUAUUCAGCCAUGGUUAGAGGAGUUGGCCCUUGGUCCCAAAUUUGUUGCUGUGUUGUACCCGAUGUAUUGCACGCGUGGAUAUGCUUUUAAGAUUUUCAGCGAAAACACUACGCAGCCAACUAUAAAUCAUGGUAUAUCUGCUAGAUCUGGCGAAGUAAUCUACUAUGGUAUUUUGCGUGAGAUAUUGGAGAUUCACUAUCCGGGGAUCCUUAAUUUGAGGUGUGUUGCCUUCUUUGCUGAUUGGUACAACCCGAUCGUUGGAUAUGGUGUACGAAUUGACGAGUUUGGAGUAACAUCAGUUCAUUCCAGAAGAAGUCUUGCAAACUAUGAUCCGUUCAUUCUGGCUUCACAAGCUGAUCAAGUAACUUAUAUUCGGUAUCCUCGUGUGAGGAAUAAACAAGACCCUUGGGUCACCGUGACCCAUAUAACUCCACGGGGGAAAUUGGAAGGAGUUUCGGAUACGGCUGCGAUGCAACAAUCCUCGAGCAGUGCCAUAGGUGAUCUUCAUGUUGAUGGAAGCGAAAUCGAUCUUGUUGUUGAUUUUACUGGUGUAGGUGACAACGAAGUAUUCUCAGAUUCGGAGUCGGAGAAAGGAGAAUUCAACGAAGACUCGGUUUCUUCAGAAUAUUCAUCAAAUUCGGAUUAAUUAAAACUUUUAUAAGUUAGAAAGAUAUUAUAUAUUUUGUAAUGUAUAAGAGAAAAUAUUUUUUAGUAAGUCUGAGUACUUUUUAGAAAUUUUUUUCAUAUGUUUUAUUUUAUUUUAAUGAAUGUUUCAAAGCGGAUUUUUUUAAAAAAAAACAAAAUCUUCAAUAUUUUUUAAAAACUUUUAUAAGUUAGAAAGAUAUUAUAUAUUUUGUAAUAUUUAAGAGAAAAUAUUUUUUAGUAAGUUUGAGUACUUUUAAAUAAAAUAUUUUUCAUAUGUUUUAUUUUAUUUUAAUGAAUGAUUCAAAGCGGAUUUUGUUUUAAAAAAAAUAUUCAAUUUCCGACGGAUUUCUGACUGACCUCGGUCGGAAUGUUCUGACCGAUUUCCAACCAUUAUGGUGGUCGGAAAGCGUUAUAUAUAAAUCCAGAAACGCAGUAACCCUAAUCCGUAUCCUCCCCCUCUCGACGAAAUCGCCUCCUUGUUUCAUCCCCGUCGAUCUCGACCUGCGUCGAUCUCCCCCUCCAUUCUGCGUCGCUCUCCCCCGCCGUUCUCCGUCGAUCUCGCCGUCCCUUCAUUACCAUCUCUCUCCCUCUCUCUCUCGAAAAUCUCAGCCGAAAGAUGUAAGUUUUAUGAGUUUCGUUUGUUUAGUUUAGGUUUUAGGGCAAAUGAUUUCUCGUUAUGAUGUUGAUAGCUUCUUGUCCUGCUUCGUCUGAAUGCUUGAUUAUCGGUUUUGAUUAUGGAAAAAAUUCCCAUCUAUGAUUUUGAUAGAUUCUUGGUCUGCUUCGUGUGAAUGAAUCAUCGGUUUUGAUUUUGUCAAAUGAUUUUUUGUGUAUGAUGUUGAUAGCUUCUUAUAGGUUGUGGUAAUUAAAACUCUAAAAGUACAUAGAUUUUGAUCGGUUAUGUUGUUAACUCUCUGUCAAAAACAUUUCAUUUCUUGUUCUAAGUGUUAAUUUUUUUUUAACUCGAGGUCUUAUACGGAUUUUCUCGCCGGUUCUUUUCCAUCUUCCUCAUCUGCUGGUCUGGGUUCCCCGGCUGCACAAGGAACAAGUGUCCCUCAGCCACAGCCAGCAUCAAUCAUCGAGGAUAGGUUACUGAACGAGUUGUUGGUGGCACCAGGACGAGAGUUGCUUCCUAAGCUGAGCCCAAAUGGAGAACCAAAUACUAGCUGGUUUAGGCGAAGAAAUCGCAAUGCAAUUUGCAAGUCGAUUUUGAAAUGCUUUCACAGUCUCCUUGAGUUGCCUUAUCCGACGUAUGCACAUGUUCCAUUAGAAAUUCAGAAGAUGUGGCUCCGUUCAUUUGCGCAAGAUUGGAACUGGGACCCUGCUUUCACCAAUGAUGUGCGGACAGCCUUUAAUUUGCAGGCUAGAAAGCAGUACACGAGCAACGUGACUGAGUGGAAGAAAAAAUGGAGGCUGAAGAAGGAUAAACCCAUAUGUCUGAAUCAAGAUGUGCGGGACGGGUUUAAAGCCUAUUGGCAGCUCGAUGCUACAGCACAUAUUGCAGCUACCAACUCUGUUAAUAGAAGAAGCAAGCGUGGUGGAAAAGGUGAAGCAGUACACAAUGGUGGUGCUAAGACACGAGAGGAACGUGAGAUAGAAAUGGUAAGCGGUAUUUUUUUUUCAACUUUAUUAAUUUCAUCAUAUACAUUGAACUGAUACUCUUAUAUCAUUUGUGUGUUUAUUGGAAGACUGCUGAAAGGGGUGGUGUGCCACCAGAUUGGUUAGAAUUGAUGAGGGAUAUGCACACCAAUAAACAAACCGGUGAGGUGCAAGAUCCUGUUGCGAGAGAGCUGUUGGCAACUCUGAGUAAGCUGAAGGAGGAAAAAGAAGCACAACUUCAGCAGUCUCAUCAGUUGUCUGCGAAUGAUGGAUCUACAGCUUCUAACAUGCUGUCCCGCGAAGAGAUCAACCAACUGGUUCUCGAGGUAUGUCUACUUUAUGUGGUCAGUUGUUUUUUUUUUUCUCCAGCCUAUAACUUAGAAUUUUAGGAUUCGUUCUCAAGCUCCUAAUAUAGGUUUGGUUUCACUUCAGUAGAACUGUCAGUUUGAAUUCAGUUAAAGGUUGUGUGACUUUUAUAUAUAGCAAAACAGAAACCGAGUCAGUUUAUUUCUUCUUCAGUUAGAUGUUGGAUCGGUUACUUCAAAUCCAGCUGCUUGAAUAUUAACAUGUUAUAUUUAUAGUUCUUAUAAAAUUUAAAAAUCUUUCUACUCUUCUUUUGUAGAAUGUUCCUAUUAAGAGGGUUGUCGGUAUGGUAUCGUUCGUACCUCUGAAGCUAUCUCAACCUCAUCAUCUCAGCUCUCUGUUUCUUCCUCGAGUAUUGUUCAGUACAUGGAGCGGAUGAAGACAGAGCUUGAUGAAGAGCGGUCAUGUCAUGUCCCCGAUCCUAGAUAGGAUCGCCCGGACGGGCCAUGGUGCGGGGAGACGCACUGAUGUGAUCAUGGAAAGCACCAAGGAAUGGAAUCAUGAACCUGAUCAUGGAGAGCUUGUAGCUGUUGAAGAACCUACACUUGAAGAAUGUCUGAGCCAAAAUAAAGCUUCUAUCAUCAAAGACAACUUGAUCUACAUUCAAGCUACUCUACAUUCAAGCUGAUCAUCAUCUAGGCAAGUAGCUUGUGUGUGCUCUUUUCCUAACCUUUGGUUUUGUCCCACUGGGUUUUACAAAGGAAGGUUUUUAACGAGGCCACAAGUCUACUUCUCCUAUCUCCUAGAUGAUUGAUCUUGAUCUGUCCACAUGAAGACCUUAUCUUAUAUUUUAAGCUAUGCUUUUAUGUUAUUUAGUUUUCGAAAAACUCUAGUCUUUUUUUAGUUUCCAAGGGAGCCUGUUCCCUUUAUUUUUAUUUCUAUUUUCGAGACCUUGUGCAUGUACAAGGGUCUCUCUUUAUAUUCUGGUCGUGACCCCCCUUAAGCAAUCUUUUAUCAAAAACCUUUUCUCUCUUCUCUCUUGUCUUUGGCGAGUUGAAGUGUGUCUGGUGUGUAAUAUCCAGUCUGUUGGUGUGUAAUAUCCAACGCCCAAGGGCUUUAGAGAAGUGUGUCAUAUCCGAUCUAAGCCUAGGAGUAUCAAGAAGCCUUUCCGCAGCCUCUUGUGUCACCAUUCGAUCCACAUACCUUGAGAAGCUUGAGUCUUUUGAUUCGUUUCUGCAAGGAUUAUCCCAUCUGUUCCAGAGCAUCAUCCUAGGAUCUCAUCAAGUGGUAUCAGAGCAACUCUGGAAGGGAAGUGUGUUGAUUUCUAUCUGUUUUCGAUUUGAUCUCUUCAUAUUCUGUUGAGAUUUUGAUCGAUCUGUGUUUCUAUUGUUUAAAUCUGUUAGAUCUAAGUGUUUUUGAUCACGAAUCUGGUGAAGUCUCUUCAUAUACUCUUGAUUUCGUGUUGAUCUGUGUUCCUUGUGAAGAAAUCUAUCGAAUUUGGGUUAAUUAGAUCUUGUUUUGGGUAUUAGACUGUUCAGAUCCUUGUUUAUCAAGUUAUCCGAUUGCUUGAUCUGAAUCUGUUUGUUGAUUUCAGUCGAUCUGUUCUUAUUGUUUUAGAUCUGUUCUUGCUUGAUCUAAAUCUCAUCAUCUGUUAUCAUAUCAUCUCUGAUCGUGUGUUGAUUGAUAUUUUGAAACCUGAUCCGUGUAGUGCAAGUUUGAUCGAUUUUGUUUUGAUAUUUUUGUUUUGAAAAAUCUGUGCUUGAAUCUGAAAUCGAAAUCUAUCUCUCCAUUUUUUUUGUGUUCUAGUUUCGAAAUCAAUCUGAUCUGAUAGGCUUAAGAUUUCAAUUCUGUUCUGAUUAGUUUUGAUAUCUUUUAAAUCAUUGGUUGAGUUUGAAUUUGUUCUGAGAAUUGUCUAAAGUUUUAAGCUUCAAUUUGAAUCUCUGAUUUUGCAAAUUGGUUGUUUGUUUUCUCUGUAGAACUAUUUACUGGCUUAGUCUUUCUCUUGUCUCAGGUACCAUGGCAGGAGAUCAAAAAGGAGAACUCAGCAAGAAAGAAAAGCUUUUUCUUGAAGAAUUCACAGCCAGUAUGGAUAAAGCCUGCAAAGAUCAAUUGAGAAAAUUCAGACAAGACAUACAGCAGCAAAGGAAAGGCAGAUCAUCCAGAGAUGAGUACAAGAAAAAGGAGUUUGAUCAGAUGGACAGAAACUGGAAGCAUGCUGGAUUGAAAUAUCAAAUUCCUUCUUUUCAUGGCAAGGCUGAUCCUGAAGCUUAUGUGAAGUGGAAAAAGAAGAUUGAGUUGAUUUUCAGUAGUCAACACUAUGCUGAAAGAAAGAAGAUUCAAAUGGCUACUGCUGAGUUUUGUGGUCAUGCUUUAAGAUGGUGGAAUCAGUUGAUAAAGUGCAGAAGACUUGAUGGAAAAGAACCAGUGGAAACAUGGCUUAAGCUGAGGGCUUUGAUGCGUAGAGAGUACGUUCCAAGACAGUACCACAAGGAAGUUAUUCAAAAGCAGCCUGAGACAAAGCUAUGUUCUUCAUUAUCAGUUCAGAAACAACAAGUCAACAAGAGAUCAAGUCCAUCUAGUAACCUGGUUUCAUCAAGCAAAACAUCAACCCAUUCCUUUGAAGAUAGCAUAAGGAAGGCAAUUUCACAAGCGUUUAGGGAUGUGGAGAAACAAUUUAAACAGUCCAAGACUAUAUCUCCAUCCUUAGAAGUACAGAACCCAGCGCCUUCCUCAACUGUCUCAGAACUCAAAGAUGCAGAACCAGACUCAGUUGCACAAUCAGACUUGGCUGCACUAGUUCAAGAAGAUCAAACCGAGAUUGCAACAAUCACCAUUCAGAAAGAUGAUCAACCCAUCAAGGACGACCUGAUUCUCUUCAAACAGGAUGUAAUAGAAGAGGAGGCACCCAGGGAAUCAAAAUCAGACAGUGGAGUAGAGCAUCUAUUUGUCACUGAUUCAAACGGCUUCCAAAGGACAUUCUUGGGUACUUUUCUCAUCAGUCCUUUUGUGUGGAACAAGACCAGAGCAGUAGAGCUUUCAAGACACAAACUGGGCAUGGAGAAUGUUGUAUUUGAGCCUGGAGGAGAGUUGUGGAAUCACAGGAACAAUCCCAAAAUAAUUGAGAAGAAAUCGGCAGCAACAACAAUUGUUUUGAGUGAUCUUUUACCAUCUGAAGUUAAGGUGUUGCACGUCUCAGCUCAGCAAGAGUUUCACUACGAAACCAAUUGGAGAAUGUUACCUACUCUUUCCUGGAUCCAACAAAUCAGACAACGCAGCAAAUGGCCACUUGAUCAUGAAGAUAUUGUCAAUUUCGCAAAACAUAUUGGUUUGUCUAAAUUCUGUGAGCUGCUUAUAUCAGAUUGGACUGGAAGGUUACAGUUCUACUUGUGGAAACCUGGAGCAUAUGACAGCAUACUUAUCAUCCUUGGAAAGUGCUCUGCUCGUGGUAGAACUAGUUGGGGUAAUAAAGAGUUGGAAGCUGAUCAAAAUGCCUUGCUUCUUGAUCAUGUCAAGGUGUGGAAGCCACCAGAUUUGCAAAAGCUUCAAUACCAUUUCGGAGAUUGUCAAACCAAGAGUGGAGAUGGAGAUUUCAUUAGAGUAAAUGGUGAAGUGAUUACUGGAGUAGGAGGAGAACUCAUGUUUUCUUUUCAAAGCAAGGAGAAACCACCAGAUGGACUCAGUCUACAUCAAUCUCCAAAUAAACCAACCCGAGUUAUGAGUGCUAUACUUUUCGAAAGGAGAGGCUAUAGUAAUAAUCAGAGUAUCAAGAAUGGAUCCUUGGCUACAAUGGAGAUGCAACAAUCAAAUCUUGGAAGCUGUCUAGCCACCAGCUUUGACAUAGGAGCAGUCCGAGGAUCAUAUCUCAGCAACCAGAAGGAAUUAAGCAACAAACUCAACUGCCAUGGAAACUUAACUCAUCAGGGUCUCACGUCGAAUUGGAAUCAUGUCCAAAUCUUCUCAUAUGAAAGAGUUAUGAAUUUUACAAGUCGGGUGAUUCUGUGUUUGCUUUGUCUGAACUUUUCUGAGUUUAGAACAUCUCAAUCCUAUCUAUGGCGACCAGGUGAGCAUGCUAAGGUAACUAAUCAUGUUUUCAAGAGUUCUUUUAUUGAUUACACAGAUAUGAUGCACUUGUUUUUGUCAAAAGAGACAUGUGCAGAUUAUAUGGAAGCUUUGAAGCAUGCAAAGACAAAGAACAAGCGUGAGGAAGACAAACGUUUCAAGCCACCUAAUCUAAGCCAGGAGAGACAUCAGGACGUCACUUGCUUCAUCCUCAUCAAAGAAGCACCUCCAGAUGCAGCAUACAAGCCAAAACCAAGAAAAUACAACUUUGGGAUAAGACUCUUACUCUAUGAUGAUUUAGCUUGUGUUAACUUGUCUUGUUUCAAUGUAUCAGGUUUAAGUAAUGCCUCAAGAGUGAGGAAAGCCAAAUGGAUCAGUCCCUUCUACCUAAUAGAACCAUUCAGCGACAAUGCCUAUCAAAGAGGCUUGCAAGGUAAGUGUAAUCUGAUUAUAAACUCUCAUGUUACUGACUUGGUCCCUUCUAUUGCAGGUAACACAGAUUUGAGGACAAAUCUUUUUGAAGUGGGAGGGGAUGAUGUGAUCAUGGAAAGCACCAAGGAAUGGAAUCAUGAACCUGAUCAUGGAGAGCUUGUAGCUGUUGAAGAACCUACACUUGAAGAAUGUCUGAGCCAAAAUAAAGCUUCUAUCAUCAAAGACAACUUGAUCUACAUUCAAGCUACUCUACAUUCAAGCUGAUCAUCAUCUAGGCAAGUAGCUUGUGUGUGCUCUUUUCCUAACCUUUGGUUUUGUCCCACUGGGUUUUCCAAAGGAAGGUUUUUAACGAGGCCACAAGUCUACUUCUCCUAUCUCCUAGAUGAUUGAUCUUGAUCUGUCCACAUGAAGACCUUAUCUUAUAUUUUAAGCUAUGCUUUUAUGUUAUUUAGUUUUCGAAAAACUCUAGUCUUUGUUUAGUUUCCAAGGGAGCCUGUUCCCUUUAUUUUUAUUUCUAUUUUCGAGACCUUGUGCAUGUACAAGGGUCUCUCUUCAUAUUCUGGUCGUGACCCCCCUUUAUCAUUAAGCAAUCUUUUAUCAAAAACCCUUUUCUCUCUUCUCUCUUGUCUUUGGCGAGUUGAAGUGUGUCUGGUGUGUAAUAUCCAGUCUAUUGGUGUGUAAUAUCCAAUGCCCAAGGGCUUUAGAGAGGUGUGUCAUAUCCGAUCUAAGCCUAGGAGUAU